CUUAAGUGGACAGAUAUGAAAGUGAUAAUGUUGCCAGUAACUGAGGACAUGUAAGCAGUGUCAUGUUCAUGAAAUAAACUAAGGCUGGUUUGCUGUAGAACAGGCUAAAUUAAAACAUUCAAUAUUCUUUUUACAGUAUGUGCACACAGCUUGGACAAAACUUGGACACACCUGUCAGACCGACCCGAUCUCUUGAUCUGAGUGAGACAGAGAAGAGAAGAGAGGGGGACUACGAUGGAAAGACUAGGAGCACUUGGAAGAGGAAAGGUGAGGCAAUCACCGAAGGGAGGAGAGAAGGGCAAUGACAACAGUGGAGCAACAUCCUUUGACCAAAGGUUAGACCAAAGACCACCCAACUCUCUUUAUUCCAUUGAGACAGAGAAGAGAUGUGAGGAAAACGAUGCAAAGUUUGUGGAAAGACACAGGGCUAAACUCAUUCAGAAGGUUACCAACGUGAUGGCCAUAUCAGAUAAACUGGUCCAGUUGGGUAUGAUCCAUGAGGAGGCGUACUCUAACAUCGAUACUGCCCGGACCACACAGGACCAGAUGAGGGAGCUGUACAAGGCCUUAAACUCAGUUAAAGUCAAAUCAGCCUUCUACAGGAUCCUCCAGGAGAAAGAGACUAAUUUGAUCCAGGAGCUAGAGGUGGAUUGCAAUGGACAGACUGAGAGCAUUGGGCAGAGGAGAGUGGAUGACGACACACGAAGAGUUAAAGAGAAACAUAAAACCAGUCUGAAGAAGAAGUUUGGAUUUGUGUUUGAAGGCAUUGCAGUGGAUCGAACUCACCUCAACAGUAUCUACACACAGCUCUACAUCAUACACGGAGAUAGUAAAGGGGUUAAUAACGAACAUGAGAUUCGACAGAUUGAAUAUACACCCAGGACAAAAAAAAAUACAGACACUCCAAUCAACUACAAUGACAUCUUCAAACCCUUAUCUGGAGAAAAGAGAGAAAAGGAGAGACCCAUCAGAACUGUGCUGACGAAGGGCAUCGCUGGCAUCGGAAAAACAUUCUCUGUGCAGAAGUUCAUCCUCGACUGGGCAGAAGGAAAAGCUAAUCAGGAUAUUAAUUUCAUCUUUGUGCUCCCACUCCGAGAGCUGAAUUCGAUUCAAGAUAACCAGUACAGUCUUCAUGGACUUUUGUGUGACUUCCACCCUGAACUUACAGAGAUAGAAGAGGCAAAGAUAUAUGAUACUUGCAAAGUCAUGUUCAUCUUUGAUGGUCUGGAUGAAAGCAGACUACCAUUAGGUUUUCAUCAGAACAAGAAGUUGACUGAUCUAACUGAAAUGUCAUCAGUUGACAGGUUGAUGACAAACCUCAUUGAGGGGAAUCUACUCCCCGAAGCUCUCCUCUGGAUAACCUCCAGACCAGCAGCAGCCAAUCAGGUCCACCGUAAGUACAUCAACAAGGUGACAGAAGUACGAGGGUUCAAUGACAAACAGAAAGAAGAGUACUUUGAGAAGAAUGUUGAGGAUGAGAAGCUGGCCAGCAGAAUCAUCUCACACAUUAAUACAUCAAGGAGCCUCCACAUCAUGUGCCACAUACCAGUCUUCUGUUGGAUUACUGCCAGGGUUCUUGAGCAAAUGUUGAGUGAUGAUGAGAGUGGAGAGAUCACAACUCUGACUGAGAUGUACAAUCACUUCCUGCUCAUUCAGACAAACCUGAAAAGCAAGAAGUAUGAUGAGAAAAAUGAGACAGAUCUGCACAUAAUCAUAACACAAAACAAAGAAACCAUUCUCAAACUGGCACAACUUGCAUUUGAACAGCUGGUGAAGCACAAUCUCAUAUUCUCUAAGAAAGACCUAGAAGAGUGUGGCAUUGAUUUCAGUGAAGCCUCAGUAUACUCUGGGUUUUGCACAGAAAUCCUGAAGGAAGACUAUGGGUUGUAUCGGAAGGAGGUGUACUGCUUUGUUCACCUGAGUUUCCAGGAGUUCCUUGCUGCUCUGUACGUGUUCCACUGCUGUGUGAGCAAGAACAUCAAGGCCCUGGAGUCUUUCAUUGGGGAUGUGUCAUCAGAGCUGCCCUUGCAUGAGCUGCUGAAGAUGAUGGUGGAUAAAGCCUUGGAGAGUGAGAAUGGACACCUGGACCUGUUCCUCCGCUUCCUUGUUGGCAUCUCAACAGAAUCCAACCAGAAACUGUUACAAGACCUACUGCCACAAACAGAGAUCAGCUCAGAGACUGUUAAUGAAAUUAAGAAAUACCUCAGGGAGCCGAACGUAGAGCAAGUCUCACCUGAUAGGUACAUCAAUCUACUCAUCUGCUUGACUGAGAUGAAAGAUGAUUCAGUACAUGAGGACAUUGAGAAGUUCCUGAAGUCAGGAAAUCAAACAGGAAAAGAACUCUCAGGUACACACUUUUCAUCACUGGCCAACGCACUGCUCAUGUCAAAGGGUGUGCUGGAUGAGAUUGACCUGAACAAAUUCAACACGUUAUCAAUGAAGAUACUGCUCCCAGCUGUGAGGAAAUGCAGAAAGGCAAAACUGGGUGGCUUUAGACUCUCUGAUGAGCACUGUGGAUCACUGGCCUCCGUUCUCCAAUCAGCAGACUCACAUCUGAGAGAACUGGACCUGAGGAACGGUCAGCUGUCUGAUGGUGGUGGGAGUAAACUCUUAGCUGCUCUGAAACAUCCAAACUGUAAAGUACACAUUCUGUGGCUGAAUGGAUGUUAUCUGACAGAUAAAUGUUGUGAAGUGUUGGAUUCAGUUCUCAGCUCAAACUCCUCUCACCUGAGAGAGCUGGAUCUGAGUCACAAUGACCUGCAGGAUUCAGGAGUGAAGCUGCUCUCUGCUGGACUGGAGAAUCCACACUGUCAACUAGAGAAACUGAGGCUGUCAUUCUGUAGAGUCACAGAGGAAGGCUGUGCUUCUCUGGCCUCAGCUCUUAGGUCAAACCCCUCCCACCUGAGAGAACUGGACCUGAGCUUCAAUCACCCAGGAGACUCUGGAGUGAAGCUGCUCUCUGCUAGACUGGAGGAUCCACACUGUAGACUGGAGAAACUCAAUGUAGACCAUAAUGAAGAGUUCUGGGUUAAACCACAGCUGAUGAAGAAAUAUGCCUGUGAUCUCACACUGGACCCAAACACAGCACACAGAAACCUCUCUCUGUCUGAGGGGAACAGAAGGGUGAAGAGGGUUAAAGAGGAGCAGCCGUAUCCUGAUCACCCAGAGAGAUUUCAGUUGCAUCCCCAGGUGCUGUGUGGAGAGGGUCUGACUGGACGCUGUUAUUGGGAGGUAGAGUGCAGUGGGUGGGCUGCCAUAGGAGUGACAUAUAAAGGCAACAGCAGAAAAGAAGAUGGUUCUGCCAGUGACUUUGGAACCAAUGACAGGUCCUGGAGUCUGUACUGCACUGAGGAUCAUUACUAUGCCCUCCACAAUAAUGAAAAGACUCAUAUAUCUACUCUGCCCCUCAUCAGCCCUCGUAAACGCAAGAAAGACCAGUCCUCCUGCUGCCCACCCCCCAGAGUAGGAGUGUUUCUGGACUGGCUGGCCGGCAGUCUGUCCUUCUACAGGGUCUACUCUAACAUAAUGACCCACCUGUACACAUUCCAGACCACAUUCGCUGAGCCCCUCUACCCAGGGUUUAGUUCAUGUGGCCAGGCUAUUUUUCAUUGUCCCUGUGCCAGGUAGAGUAGACUCCUGAGUCCUGGAGGAACACCUGUUCUAACUCAACCAUGUGACAGGAUGGCGUGUUGUUGACGGUGAUCAUGACUACAGAUAUGGACAUUGUAACAGAUAAAUGUUGUUGACGGUGAUCAUGACUACAGAUAUG